CUCCCUCGGCUCCAGCCUCCGGAUCCCGCACAGCCCGCCCCUCCUUCCCCCCGGCGGUGCGGGGCCGGAGCCCUGUCUGUGUGCCUCUAAGGUGGGAGGGGGCUACAAGCAGAGGAUAAUGUCAGAUGCUUGGCUCUCGCCUGCCUGACGCUUCUCUCUGGCUCCGCCGGGGUUGGUCGCUGUAAGAAAUAACAGGAGCUGUGGCAGCGGCGAGACGAAGCGGCUGGCGCGUGGAACCCGAAAAGUCAGGGUGCUCGCGGUUCCUCCCAACGUGGUCCCGGCCGGCGGUCAGCACCAUGGACAGCGGCGCCGUCCCCACGAACGCCAGCAACUGCACUGACCCCUUCACACACCCUUCAGGUUGCUCCCCAGCACCUAGUCCCAGCUCCUGGGUCAACUUCUCCCACUUAGAAGGCAACCUGUCCGACCCAUGCGGUCCGAACCGCACCGAGCUGGGCGGGAGCGACAUCCUGUGCCCUUCGGCCGGCAGCCCUUCCAUGAUCACGGCCGUCAUCAUCAUGGCCCUUUACUCCAUCGUGUGCGUGGUGGGGCUCUUCGGAAACUUCCUGGUCAUGUAUGUGAUUGUCAGGUACACCAAAAUGAAGACUGCCACCAACAUCUAUAUUUUCAACCUUGCUCUGGCAGAUGCCCUGGCAACUAGUACCCUGCCUUUCCAGAGUGUCAAUUACCUGAUGGGAACAUGGCCAUUUGGAACCAUCCUGUGCAAGAUUGUGAUCUCCAUCGACUACUACAACAUGUUCACCAGCAUAUUCACCCUCUGCACCAUGAGCGUGGAUCGCUACAUCGCAGUCUGCCAUCCUGUCAAGGCCCUGGACUUCCGCACCCCCCGUAAUGCCAAGAUCAUCAACAUCUGCAACUGGAUCCUCUCUUCAGCCAUUGGUCUGCCUGUCAUGUUCAUGGCAACGACAAAGUACCGGCAAGGUUCCAUAGAUUGUACACUAACAUUCUCUCACCCAGCGUGGUACUGGGAAAACCUGCUGAAAAUCUGUGUUUUCAUCUUUGCCUUCAUCAUGCCUAUCCUCAUCAUUACAGUGUGUUAUGGGCUGAUGAUCUUACGCCUCAAGAGUGUCCGCAUGCUCUCUGGCUCCAAAGAAAAGGACAGGAACCUGCGAAGAAUCACCAGGAUGGUGCUGGUGGUUGUGGCUGUGUUCAUUGUCUGCUGGACGCCCAUUCACAUCUACGUCAUCAUUAAAGCCUUGAUCACAAUCCCAGAAACUACUUUCCAGACGGUUUCCUGGCACUUCUGCAUUGCUCUAGGUUAUACCAACAGCUGCCUGAACCCUGUGCUUUAUGCAUUUCUGGAUGAAAACUUCAAACGAUGCUUCAGAGAGUUCUGUAUCCCAACUUCCUCUACCAUUGAGCAGCAAAACUCCACUCGAAUUCGUCAGAACACCAGAGACCACCCCUCCACAGCCAACACGGUGGAUAGGACUAACCAUCAGCUAGAAAAUCUGGAAGCAGAAACCGCUCCGUUACCCUAACUGGGUCUCAUACCAUUCAGACCCUCACUUGAGCUUAGACACCACCAUCUAUGUGGAAGCAGGUCACUGCGAGAACACGUGGAAAGCUCUGGUUUCCUGGGAAAGUGCCUGUUCCUGCCCUAAGUCAUCAAAACUCUUUCCUCCCUGGCCCCUCCACUCUGCCCAUGAGAGGAACAUCCAAGCUAAAUCAGGCAUUAGGGAGGAAAGAACUGAACCACCCUGAGUUUCUGUGUACAUAAUCGCGAGGAAGAUGCCCCACAGGACCGAACCCUGCUGUGGUAUGUGCAUUAACGUCAUCAUGGAAGACGUUCUUUUCAAUAUUUUCAAGCAAAUAUUUACAGCCUCAUCAAAGGAAAACCAUCACUUGUUAAAUUCAUCAUAGUAAUGUAAUUUAAAUGCUACCUCUGAUCAAAGCACCUUAUGUGAACAUCCAAGACUUUCCGUGUCUGUAAGAGAAUUAAUUGUCCCAUUUUUAUCCUCUGGUGUUAACCUCAAAAUUAUCUUCGGAGUUAAAAUAUAGUUUCCACCUUCAUUUCAUCACUUUAUCCCCACAGGAAGUCAAGCCCUAAAAUGGACGCUUUAUUUCUCAUAAUUUCUUCUUACUAAAUGCUCUCUUUGCAUCAUACUUCCUUUCUCUCUUUUUUUAACUCUUCUCAGAAUACUUACACCUUUUGAAUCAACACGAUAAAAUGACAGCAGUUUUUUGUUGGUUUUCAGAACAGUUUAAACUCUUUAAGAAAAUACGGAUCCAGUAAGCUUAAUCUCAAACUUGAAAGACUCAAAGGACCGUGGAGAAAAAUGGGUGAUCUACUUUUCACUUCCGUGUAGUUCCUUGGACAU